AAGUCCCAUUAACCACACACACACACACUGUCUGCAUGUGAGGUGUCCAGAGAAAAGAAGAAAAGUUGCUCUCCACAUUGUUGUUUUGUCUAUGUGAUUAUUGAGCUCCGAGGAGGAGGAGGUUAGUGUGGUGGAAAAGUGAUGUAAAACUCAAGUCAUUUGAAGUCCUCCAAGCUGAGAGAGCACAACACGAGCUGUUGGUGCCAGUGGUCCUGCUUUGACAUUAAUCCACCUCCACGCCCACCUGGAGCUGCAGCAGCACACCUGCAGGCGGUCGGUAAGAUCCCAGUGUGGUGGCAACCCUCAGCUGAAAUAGGGCCUUUGCAGGGUGGAGGCAGCACGCUGCAGCCAGGACCUGUCACAUUACUCUCAGCUCCUCAGUGGGACGACGAGGGCACCUGAACACAGGCUGCGAGGGAGAGUAACAGAGUGAGACGAGACCAAACACAGGGGAGCGCCUCAGCAGCAGCAACAGAGUCCAGCUUGGGACUUUGGGAGACACUUUUAUCUCUUGAGUCGAGGGGAUCGCAGCUGUGUGCCACCAAAGAUUGUGGUUGAAAGUACUUCAGCCUCCUUUGAAAGACUUUGGACCUGUUUAAAAAAAGAGACAGCAAAAUGGAUAAGGAUGCUCUACUGGACUACGAGUACCCAGACCUGGAUCCUUUGCCGACCAAAAUUGAGGCAGAAAUAAUCCCUCCAUGUGACCCCAUCGCUGACGACAGGCUCUACCACAUAUGCAUCACAGCGAUAUCUCUCGUCGUCAUGCUGAUCCUAGCGAUCUUAGCCAGACGCACGAAGGUGGGCGACAGACAGAAAGGACUCCCAGGUUUACUCAGUCCGGUCAACUUCCUGGAUCAUACGCAGCACAAGGGCCUGGCAGUGGCGGUGUUUGGAGUGCUCUUGUGCAAACUGUGGGGCCUGAUCAUAUCGCCAAACCCCCUCCCCUUCACAACAGACACAGAGAAUAAACAGAACUGGGUGAUUCUGGGAGUCUUCUACUACCCCGCGCUAUACUACCCUCUCCUGGCAUGUGGUACUUUACAUAAUAAAGUUGGCUAUGUACUCGGUAGCCUCUUGUCCUGGACGCACUUUGGUGUUCUGGUCUGGCAGAAGAUUGACUGUCCCAAAACACCUCUGAUACACAAACACUACUCCCUUUUCUCCAGCCUGCCCCAGAUAGCUUGCUUGGCAUUCCUCAGUUUCCAGUAUCCCCUGUUUCUAUUCAAGGGCUUUAAUGGCACUGAAAAGAACAACGCUACAGAGGAUCUCAGCAGCAGCUACUACAAAGACUACGUGAAGAAAAUGCUCAAGAAGAAGCCCAUCAAAAUCAGCACAUCAAGCACAGAGACACCAAAGCUCCCUCAGAGAAUAAUUGAUGCUGUGAAAUCGUACAUUUAUACACCAGAGGAAGCUUUCCGUUUUCCACUGAAGUUGGCUAUAUCUGGUGUGGUGUCAUUUAUUACCCUGUAUCAGGUGGGUCUCCUACUGAUCUCGGCAGUGGUGCCAGUUCUCCAGACUGCCCGUUCGGGAGUCGAUGAAGACAUCGCCAACGUUUUAGCUGGCUUCAAGAUUGUGCUGUCUCCAGACAAACAUGAAGUGGUCAGAAUAGUGGUUCACUACAUGUGGUGUGUAGAAGUGUGCUACAUCUCAGCGAUGACGCUGUCUGGUUUGGUUAACCUGGUCAUGCUCAUGCGGUCCAUGGUUUUACAUCGGUCGAACCUGAAGGCGCUGUACAGAGGAGAUAUCUAUGAUGUUUACAACUGUCAGAGGAGUAUCAGGGCGUCGCGGCCAGCGCUGGUCUGCUGGAUGGGAUACACCAGCUUCACUGCAGCUCACAUCUGCAUUGGCAUGAUCGUCCAGACCAUGGUGUUCUUCCUCUGCCUCCUGGUCGCCGUCUUCCUCAUCAUCAUGCCCGUGCUGCACGGACAGAAUCUGAUCCUCUUUCAGAUCCUGUUGAGUAUGUGGCCCUUCUGUCUGAUGAUCCUCUUGGCUGUGUUGAUUCAACACAUCACCGGCAGGUUUUGCUUCAUCAAAAAAACAGCAGGCACACGAGACCUAGACAACAGGGGUAAUCUGUUCCUGCUGACGUACCUGCUGUUUCCGGUCAACGUUCUGAUCGGGGUGCUGCUGGCAGUGUGGCGCAUGAUCAUCACAGCCCUUUUCAACAUUGUCCACAUGGGACGAAUGGACAUCAGUCUUCUUAACCGUAAUGUGGAGGCGUUUGACCCAGCCUACCGCUGCUACGCUCAUUAUCUGAAGAUUGAGGUGAGCCAGUCGCACCCCGUGAUGAAGGCCUUCUGCGGGAUGCUGCUGCAGUCCGUGGGCCAGGAGAACAAUGCUGAGCAGAGGUCACGGGACGCCGAAGAGGGGAUCCAGCUGGUCCAUCAGGAGAAGAAACAGCACAAAGUGUCCAGUGCAAAGAGGGCCCGCAGGCACUGGCAGCUCCUCUACACCCUGGUCAACAACCCCUCCCUGGUGGGCACCAGGAAGCACUUCCAGCGUCAGACCACAGAGAGCUUUUUGAAUGGAAGCCUGAACCGCAGCAGCGCCAAGGAGGGGAGCAAGAAGGAGGCAGCAACCAAGGAGGCAGAGGAAUGAAUGUGACCCCUGAUUAAGGAUUAAAGUCUCUUCUGGUUUUGGGCAAAUUCUACAGUCAUAUUAUUUGUCCACAAUAAGUGCACUUAGAGUUCACCGAGCCUUUACCUGUCUGGAGAUGUGUGUGUCCACUUUGUGCUCUUCAUGCUGCCCUGGUUGCUUCUAUGUGAGGGCCACAGUCUCCAGUCUGAUGGGAAAGCUCGUAUAUGGCACUGAUCUCCCAUCUGAACACACUCAUUACGUAUCAUUUGCAUGUGCUUAUUUUGGGAUGGCAUUCAUUUGCUUUAAUGUUUCAACCUGUAGGUUAAUGGCAUAUGUUUUCCAAUAUGUUGUUAUUAUCACAAAGUGCGGAUAAUGCAAAUGUGUAGUCUCCCAAACUAAACACAUGGACGUUCAUUCCACUGAAGCAUCCUUUUUAAAGAGGGUAUUAUAGAGUAUUUCACUAUUUAUGAAUUUACAUAAUGAGCUGUUUUCAUAAACAGGGUAUUAAAUUUCUUUCUUUUUUUUUUUCAAUUGUACACAUUUUGUGUAAUUAACAAUAACCUGUGGAAUAGGAAACAAAUGCAUUUGUUUUGUUUUAUUUCUAGAUCUUUAAGUCCCAAACCACUUGCUGCUACCAGCGUUUUCUUCUUGUUGUCUUUUUUCUGGUUUCUGAUAUUCACCAACAUUUCAUCGUUUGUCUCUGCAUUUACAUGUUAAAUAACGACUUUUAAGUGAAAAUAUGAACAGCCGAAUUUUCCUUCUGAUUUACUGUGAAAAUAAAAACUGAAACAAAA